AUGGAUAUUGAAAAUUUCAGUUGUGUUCUUGGCCUCUCCAAGUGCCCUUUCAUUCAGGGAAAAGUGUUGUUAGCUCAGCCCAGGGACACUGGUUUUUCAUUUAGCCACGAUAUCAAUAGUCAUUUGGCCAGCCUCUCCAUUGCUGGAAACACGAUCCCUAUUCCCGACCCUGCUGUUGAGGCUUUCUGUGCCCUGGAUAACUUGAAAGCCAGUGUUGAAAAUCAGGGCCAGAUUAAGAUGUACAUCAACGAAGUGUGUCGGGAGACUGUGUCACUUUGCUGCAACUCAUUUCUGCAGCAGGCCGGAUUAAAUUUGUUAAUAAUCAUGACAGUUAUUAAUAACAUGCUUGCCAAGUCCGUUUCAGACUUGAAGUUUCCUUUGAUACCAGAGGGAAGUGAAUGUGCUGAGGGGCACGUUGUGAAACCCUUGAUGGGUUUGUCUGAAAAGCCAGUCUUGGCGGAGGAGUUGCUGGGAGCCCAGAUGUUGCUCUCCUUCUUGUCCCUCUUUAUCAGGAACGCAAACAGACAGCUUCUCCCAGAAAUCCCGGCCUCUUAAAUGGCCCCCUCCAACAGGAUGGGACUGAUCCACCCCGAACCAAAACCCGAUCAGUGAACCACACACUUGUGUUCUCAAUCAAAGACUCUGCAGUGGGUGCUAUUGAAGAUCCAGCCUUAGCCAGUAGCCAUAUCUCUGGGUGAAAGUUACACUUGCUAAAUCCAGGACCACUCUCUUGUUGGCCAGGCAGGGGUUCCCACAGAGCUUUGAGUAACCUCUUGGUUUUGCAGUCUGCAGGCAGUGCGCAUUGUAAAUUGCUCCCUUGCGGCCUUCUUCCUGUGGUAAAGGGAUCAUUUCAGCUGUGUGGUGAAAGGACAACAUUUUCUAGCCUGACAAGGGAUGCCUUGCCUGUGGUGGUCUCCCUGUCUAAGCUGGACCGUCUUGUGGAGACCAGACCCAUAUGGGAGCUUGUGCCGAAAAUGCAUUGGUUGCUGCGUAGGUUGAAUUCUUUUUCAUUUACUCUCUUUUCUUCACGAGCCUAUGGAUGGUAAACCUGUUCAGCAAAAAAUGUACACUCCCCUUCUAUGAGUUGUACUGACUCAGCCUCGUCCACCAAGUCUGCAUUUUUAUGUAUCACCAAUAAAGCUGUGUGCUUUAGCUGGCAAAAA